AUGCCAAGGGCCUCCGAGACACGCGAUGGUGCUCAGCAGACCUCGCGCGAUAGCAAGGUCAGGGCACUAGAGGAGCAGGUCAGGAAGCUCAGAUACGCCAAUGAUGAUCUCCGUAGCCGUCUCUUUGUCUCAUCCCAGCGAGACAAUCGUCUCGCCGAGGAUCUGGGCUUCGGCACUGCAGAGGAAGUCCAGACAGCCAUAUCUCAACGACCACAAGUCUUUCGGAAAGAGUUCAUUGAAGGGGCGGCACGCACUAUCGAGGCCCUCGAAGACCGCAUAGCAAACCACAUCCAGCUCGAGAAGACUGCCCAAGAAGGGCUCGCGGAUGCUGCGAAGGAGAUCGAUCGGUUGAAUGCGGACAAUUCCCGCUUACGCGUUCAAUUGGAGGAGGUUACAAGGGAGAGGAGUGACCUCACGAAGCGCGUCAAGGAGCUGGAGGGGCGACCGCCGAGUGCGUUUACCACCGGUCUCCCGACCCCGGCGACUGCUGCUAAGAAACGGUACGUCUGCGUCACUAUCACGAACGUCGCGCAGCUGAAUCUCUCUUCGAGCCCCCUGCCUUUCGCAGACGCCACUCCACGUAACGCAGCGAGUUCCUCGCCACCCAGACCGGAGUCUACACCCGGCAUGCUCACUGUUACCCCCGCUAUGUCCAGCCUGCCACCGCUCACGCUUUCCGUAGGCACCGAGAAAGACCACAAUAUACUCCGGGCGGAGUUGCGCGCCCUGCACGCGCAGUACGAAGCGCUGCGCUUGGUGAAGGAGCGCGCGGAGAGCAAGUACCGUGAGGACUACUCGAAGUGGCGCAACUUCAAGCGCUGGAUGUUCGACGAGGAGGGGGGGUCGCUCUCCGACGUGGUGCCCGAGGGGCGCGCACCGAACUUUGGGUACAUCAUGAAGCUGCGGAAGCGCUAUAUGCGCACGGGCCCGCCGUCGGACUCGCCUGGGCCUUCCGCAGAGGGCGCGCGAGCGAUGGACGUGCGCGAGGCGGCGAAGAGAAGCGCUGAAGUGAGACAGGCGAUCGCGGUGCUGCCGGAUGAAUUUGAGCAUGGGGAUCCGAUGGCGCCGCAGAGCUCGCUGACGGCGCAGUUGAUGGAGGCCAGACAAGCGUAUCCUCCGAGCACACCACCCGUGCAGGACACGGCGGAGCUUGGCUCAGACAGGCCCGCUGCGCCGUCCUCCGUUUCGCAAGGGAAGAAGCGAGCCAACGAAGAGACGCUGGAGGUCGUCACAGCAGCUGCGGCAGGCUCUCCUUCUACUCCUCGGAGAAAACGGCAGAGGUACGACGACUCGUCAGAGACUGAGGAGGAGUCGCAGGCGCUCUCGCCUAUGCUGGAGUCUCAGCCCGGAAUACGCCGUCUUGUGCCCAUGCCGGAUGGGACGUACGUUCGCAGAGGCUAUGGACCAUACCCUGGCGAUGCGGGGCAGAGUACGAGGGGCGCCGCGCCUCCGUCGCCGUCCACCCCGCGCAAGCCGAGCACGCCGGGCUCGCGUCGGUCCAAGCACAGUCCGAAGUCCUCCCCCUCGUCGCGCCAUUCGACGCCUCGCAGGCGGAAGGAGCGCCUGCUUGGAACGCCGACGAGGCGGACGCCGGGGACGCGGGGGCGCGUGGAGAAAGAGAAUCCCAGCGCGCUGAAGGGGCGCCCGCAGGACUAUUCUGCGUACAAGGGUCGCGGACGGUAUGCAGCCGCUGCAAAACCUGGUGAAGAUACAAUCAACGCCGCGUACGAGAUCGAUACGGCCCAGAACAACGGGUUAAUGCAUCAGUUCGAAGAAGUGGUGCGGGACAAGGAGCGCAGGAAGCAGCUACACGGGCUGACUGUGAAUGUUGCCGCGAGGUGUGUGAUACCCUCCGACCUAUUGUUGGCUCAGACUCACGUUGCCCGGCCUCAGUACUACAAGGCAGUAGGCAAGUUGCCGGCUCGCCCCCAAGCCCCGCUCUGGCGCUCGCCCCAUGCUACCCCUACGAAGUCGACGUCUUCCAGGCGCAGACGCCUCGCGGAUGCCUCGGGCGUUCCGAACUCGCCGCACAAGAAACGACACACUUCAGACCUUAAUGAAGGCGACCCAGAGGAAGAGGCGGCCAUCCAAGAACAUAUGCAGCGGAUCUCGCGGCAUCGCCAGCAGUGGGAACGUCCGAAGACGCCUUAUUGGGAGAUCGCGUUCCCAGACACGCAGGAGGCUGCGGCGAUCAACAAGCGCGCGAAGGAGAUGCAUGAGGAGAAGAAAGCGAGGAUUGAGCAGGAGGCGAACCGCGGGGGUAGGUACAAGAAACGGAAGACUUGA